ACCUGAGCAUGCAGAAUUCAGAGGGCGGAUCUGACUCACCGGCUUCUGUGGCUCUGUGUCCGUCGGCGGCUGCCCAGACGCCCGUGGCCCAGCCGGUGCCAGCCUCCCCGCAGAGGGUGUUGGUCCAGGCAGCGGGCUCGGCUCCCAAAGGGGCCCAGAUGCAGCCAAUCUCCCUCCCCAGAGUCCAGCAGGUGCCACAGCAGGUGCAGCCCGUGCAGCACGUGUACCCCCCCCAGGUGCAGUACGUGGAGGGGGGCGACGCCGUCUACACCAACGGAGCCUUGCGGACAGCCUACGCCUACAACCCCGAGCCCCAGAUGUACGCCCCCAGCAGCGCCGCGUCCUACUUCGAAGCCCCGGGCGGCGCCCAGGUGACCGUGGCAGGCUCCUCCCCGCCCGGGGUCCCCUCCCACAGCAUGGUGGGCAUCACCGUGGAUGUCGGGGGGAGCCCCAUCGUCUCCAGCGCAGGAGCCUACCUCAUCCACGGGGGCAUGGACAGCACCAGGCACUCCCUGGCCCACACGUCCCGGUCGUCGCCGGCUACGCUUGAAAUGGCGAUUGAAAACCUCCAAAAAAGUGAAGGGGUCACAUCACACAAAAGCGGUUUACUCAACAGCCAUCUCCAGUGGCUCUUGGAUAACUAUGAAACCGCGGAAGGGGUCAGCCUGCCCAGGAGUUCUCUCUACAACCACUACCUUCGGCACUGCCAGGAGCACAAGCUGGACCCCGUGAACGCCGCCUCCUUCGGGAAGCUGAUCCGCUCCGUGUUUAUGGGCCUGAGGACGCGGCGGCUGGGCACCAGGGGCAACUCCAAGUACCAUUACUACGGGAUCCGUCUGAAGCCAGACUCGCCCCUGAGCCGGCUGCAGGAGGACACGCAGUACAUGGCCAUGCGGCAGCAGCCCGCGCCCCAGAAGCCGAGGUACCGGCCAGCCCAGAAGAUGGACAGCCUCGGGGAUAGCAGCUCACACGGCAGCCUGCACAGCACACCGGAGCAGGCCAUGGCGGCCCAGAGCCAGCACCACCAGCAGUACAUCGAUGUGUCCCAUGUCUUCCCGGAGUUCCCGGCGCCCGACCUGGGCAGCGUCCUGCUGCAGGAGAGCAUCACACUGCACGACGUCAAAGCCCUGCAGCUGGCCUACCGGCGGCACUGCGAGGCAACUUUAGAUGUCGUGAUGAACCUCCAGUUUCACUACAUCGAGAAGCUGUGGCUUUCCUUCUGGAAUUCUAAAGCCCCCUCCGGUGACGGCCCUGCCUCCCUCCCCGCCAGUGACGAGGAGCCAGAAGGUGCCGUCCUCCCGAAGGACAAGCUGGUGUCUCUGUGCAAAUGCGACCCCGUCCUCAGGUGGAUGAGGACCUGUGACCACAUCCUGUACCAGGCGCUGGUGGAGAUCCUCAUCCCCGACGUGCUGCGGCCGGUGCCCAGUACCCUGACGCAGGCCAUCCGUAAUUUCGCCAAGAGCUUGGAAGGCUGGUUGACGAACGCCAUGAGCGACUUCCCACAGCAGGUCAUCCAGACCAAGGUGGGCGUGGUCAGCGCCUUCGCCCAGACUCUGCGGAGGUACACGUCGCUCAACCACCUGGCGCAGGCGGCCCGGGCCGUGCUGCAGAACACCUCCCAGAUCAACCAGAUGCUCAGCGACCUCAACCGCGUGGACUUCGCCAACGUGCAGGAGCAGGCCUCGUGGGUGUGCCAGUGCGAGGAGAGCGUGGUACAGCGGCUGGAGCAGGACUUUAAGCUGACGCUGCAGCAGCAGAGCUCCCUGGACCAGUGGGCCAGCUGGCUGGACAACGUGGUCACCCAGGUGCUGAAGCAGCACGCAGGCAGCCCCAGCUUCCCCAAGGCUGCCCGGCAGUUCCUGCUGAAAUGGUCCUUUUACAGCUCCAUGGUGAUCCGGGACCUGACCCUGCGCAGCGCUGCCAGCUUCGGCUCCUUCCACCUCAUCCGCCUGCUCUAUGACGAGUACAUGUUCUACCUGGUGGAGCACCGUGUCGCCGAGGCCACCGGGGAGACGCCCAUCGCCGUCAUGGGCGAGUUCAACGACCUCGCCUCCCUGUCGCUGACACUGCUCGACAAAGAUGACAUCGGUGAGGACCACAGUGCAGAGGCCCACUCGGAGGCCCGCGGCCGGGGCGAGCCGCGGGUGAAGCGGGAGCGCAGUGACCCCAACCACUCCCUGCAGGGCGUCUAGCCUGGCGGCGCCUCCCUGGCUCCGGCCCGAUUCCCCGAGCUCCAUUGCAAUAGUGCCUCUUAGACAAAGUGACCUUUACGCUGACUCCCGGGGCCCCAGGCCGGGGUGCCCUUCCAGAACACGCUGCUCCUCCAAAAGAAACCAGUUGUGACCAGAAGCUCACGUCGGGCACCCGGUGCCCGAGCGGCUCACCUGAGCCACUCAGACUGUCUUUCCCUUCUUCUAAAUGUUCUUGUCCUCCCUGCACACAUCCCACCUCCAGAGCCCGCAGGGCCCUGUGGGCUAAGUCGGUAUCACCACAUUGGGCAUCUCCUCCAUUCAGCUGAUUCCAGUUUUCACCGUGGCUCCCGGGAAGGGAGGGAUGUCCCCUGUAGCUGGCGGGCAAGGCCGAGCUGGCCAGCGUCCCUGGAGCCCCCCUGGUGCCCGGUGGUGGGGAGGGGCCAUCUCAGAGCCCACACCGCGGCCUCUGCCCUGCCGGUCGCUGAGGCACAGAGGCCGGGCCCCCAGAGGCAGCAGCCAAUCGCCGCAUCCCUGGACGGCACACAGCCCUUGGCCCCUUGUGGCUCCUAGAACAAGUCACCGAAACAGGCCUGCUCGUACCAAGACGUGGUGCUGUCCUUAAAAAAUCAAACCCAGAAGCAUUAGCAGCAGCUGGAGGGAUUGGGGUUCCGCAAGGUCACAGCCAGCGUCAAGCUGAACCGUUAGGUCUGAAGUGAGUCUGUUCCAAGGGGGCCGGAAGGUCAGUGUUCCCGCAGCGCCCACAGAGAGCAGCCGUCCCAAGUCUGCGCCCUGACAGCCGUGCCCGAGUCCCGCUCCACGGCACCUUCCGGGACGCCUGCCUCUGAAGUCGUGAUCCUGGAGCGUUGUGAACCCGGCAAGUCCCAUCUUGGAUGGCUCAGAGUCAAAACUCUUGUCUGGGGACAAACAAGGCCCAAGGACCUGCCCAACUCUGACCUCUGAAUGCUCCGGAUCUACCCGUCGGAACACGUCGCACCAGUGAGCUCCGUGCAAGAAUUCUGCCCCAAAGCACCUGCAAAGAAGAAAGACCAACGUCUGGUCUAGGAAGCACCGUUUUCUGAAAUGCAAUAGUUUCUCUUUCUGGAAAUAUGUUUAUAACAAUAGUUUUGUGCUCUGUUACUAGAACGUUUCUUAUGAAUGUGUACAUUGCAGUAUAUUCGGUCCCCAGUGUUGUUUUCUCAUUCAUGCAGAAGGUACUAGUGUAAACUCACGUGGCCUUUAAAAAGCCUGCUUCCCGACAGGCAGGAGCUCCCUGCGCCCCUGGGCCCUCGCAGGUGCGUGGGGAGAGCCGAGGGGAGGGUGAGAGACCGCACUGUAGAAGCCAGAAGCCCGGAAUGACCGCAGCGUUCGUCUGGCCUGAGAGCCCCAGACUCAGGUGAAAUCAGACAGAAGGAAUGUCUUUAAAUGAACAUCUCCGUCCCCGGGAGACACUCAAGUUCACAGCUCAUGGAUUGUGACGCCUGCCUUUUCUUCCACAUGUUUCUGCCUUAUGCUCUGUCUAGUUCUUUGCAGGAUUCCACGAGGAGGAAUAUAAAUGACAGUAAAGAGCUUUCCAAGCCCA